GACAUCUACGAAGAAGAAAGAUGGGAGUCUUACUACUUGCGUUCGCACUGAUUGCAGCUGCCUCUGCUGUUGACAUAUGGCAACCAGCGAAAGAGCUGAUAGAAAGUAUAGAAAGGGGAGACAAAUGGCCGGUCGAUGACGGAGUUGGGAAAAUCGUCGGUGGUGUAGAUACAACAAUUUCACAGCACCCUCAUCAAGUGUCCCUACAAAGAAGUAAUAGCCAUAUUUGCGGGGGUGCCAUCGUGAAUGCAGAUUGGAUUGUAACGGCUGCACAUUGUGUUGACAGUUCCAGACCACAGGACUACAGGAUUCGAGCAGGAUCUUCAAAUCAUGGCAGUGGUGGGACUACGAGAAGUAUAGAGCUCAUCGUACCGCACGAAAAUUACAACUCAGGAUCUGGAACAUUCCCAAAUGACAUUGCAUUGAUGAAAAUGUCAUCUAGUUUGUCAUUAACCGGUAGUAUUUCAGCUAUUACUUUGGCAACAGGAAGUCCUGACGAGUUUGCUGGCCAGACAUGUGAAAUCACUGGAUGGGGCAGAACUUGUGGAACAUGCGGUUUACCCAUUACUUUACAAUCAUUAAGCAUGCAAGUGCUUCGAAACAGUGAGUGCAGAAACUAUUGGACUGGCAAUAACAUAAUUGACGGCCAUAUUUGUGUAUUCCAAGGAACCGGUUUCAGUGCUUGCAAUGGAGACAGUGGAGGACCAAUGGUUUGUUCUGGUCAACUCGCUGGUGUCACAUCAUGGGGCCAGAGUGGAUGUCCAGGAAGCCGUCCUAGCGUUUACACUCGCAUUGGCGUGUACAAAAGCUGGAUGGAAUACGUUAUAACAUCAAAUUCCUAAUUUAUGUCCGAAUAAACAAUGCAGUAUAUA